GAAAAUUCAAAAAAUGGUAAAAAAGUAAAAAUUAAAAAAGUUUUUAAAGAAACUUAUGCUUUAUUAAAAGUUGGUGGAGGAAACAAAAAAAAGGAGAAAAAUGUUACAAAACCUAACUUGAAAGCUUAUUUAGAAGUAGGUUUAGAGAAAUUAUCUGGAACUUCAACUAAACACAAUAAACAAAAAAUAACGAUUAAGGAAAACAUGCAGCAAAUCAAUAAUUCAUGUUUAGAAGAACAACAGCCCACCAUUAAUCUAUUACCCAAAUUUAAUAAGGUUCCACAAAUAAAUCAUAAUAAUGUUGGCACAAACGAAACACUUGAACAAGUACAAGAGAUGCAUCAAUUCAUUAAUCGAUUACAAGGAAUUUUGGAACAAGAUAUUGAAGACUCUUUUAGUCCUACUAAUACUAAUAACCUAUUGUUCGUUCAUAAUUAUUUAUUACAAUUAGAAUUAUCAAGAGACAACACUAUGCAAGAAGCUUGUACUGCAUCUCAAGAUAUUAUUAAUAUUUUACGGAGUUAUUUCAUCCGAUUGGACAAAUUUUCUAAUUAUUUCACAAAUUAUCUUUGGAAUUUAUCAAAAAUUUUAAUGCCUUUAGCUAAAAAUGGUCAAGCAUCAACUAUAAUCUCUUCUAUAGCCAAAAUUAUUGAGAUAGAAGAAGCUGCUGAUGAAAGAGCUAUUAAUCAAAAUCAACUCGAUUCAAAAAAAAGUUUUCGUGUUAUAAAAUCUUAUAGAAUUAAUUUUUUUUAUCAACUUGAUAAUUCUAUUAUUAAUUUAUUUAAUGAAAA